UGUAUAUAGCCCAGAACUGUUGAUUUUAUGGUGAUGUAGCACGUUAAUCGGAUAUAUACAAAUAAAAAAUAAUUCUUUAUCUUUAUUAUGGCAAACUUGGAAAUAAGUGGUCUUGGUAAUAUUCCGGUGUACGAGAAGGCCGCCUCGGAACCUUCUACACCGACCGAAGUCGCCAAAGUUGUUCACGGAUGUAGGUUGAAACGUACGAAACCUGGCAAAGAACAACGAGUGAGUUUUCCAUCUGAUGAUAUGAUAGUCACAAGCUAUUUUGAUGCGCCAGUUCCUUGGGACUGUCCGUUGGAGUCAUUCUCCACGGACGAACUUGUUAGAGCUUAUCGUAAAGCCUGUGACGAUCAAGGCGUAAAGCCGCUCUGCCGUCUUUUGGAACAACUACAAAAAAUCAAGUCUUUAAAUCGUAAAGACAAUAAUCUGAUUUUGAAAGGUGAAAAACUGACUUCUAAACAUUGUGAAACUUUGGAGGAGGUUUUCAAGAGAGUCCAGUUUCAAACAGUAGAUCUGGAAGCUUGUGGGUUAGAUGAUGAGGGCUCAGCUGCAGUUUUUGAUAUGAUAGAAUAUUACGAGUCAGCCUCUAAUUUGAAUAUAUCUUUUAACAAACACAUUGGCUUAAGGGGGUGGCAGUCAUGUUCUCGCAUGCUAAAAAAAACUCCUUGUAUUAAGUAUUUAGAUGCUCGUAAUACUGGCUUAAAUGACCAGAGUCUACUUAUACUUGGCCGUGCCCUUCGACUUGGCUCUGGCUUGUUUAUUCUUCACCUUGAGAACUCUGGACUUAAUGGGAGGUCACUGGUUAUUCUGAUGGCAGCACUGAAACUAAACAACGUUCUAAGAGAACUCUACCUUGGAGAUAACAAAAUUUCAUCAGCUGAUGGACUUCAGGUUGGAAAUUUACUGAGAGCCAACAGUUGGCUGGAGAUGCUUGAUCUCAGAAACAAUAAUUUGCAGGACCUAGGAAUGUCUCAUAUACUAGAUGGAUUAAGUCAUCAACCUACUUUGGGGGGAUCUGGGCUACAAACACUAGUACUGUGGAACAACCAGAUUUCAAGUAAUGGCAUGAAACAUUUGGUUCAUUCAAUUCCACACAUAGGAAACUUGAAAACUCUCAACCUUGGACACAACAACCUUGGGAACAAUGGCUUACAGCAGCUGAAACAAGCCUUGAUGUGCAACAAGACAGUGAUAUAUUUAGGCCUUCAGAACACAAACAUAACAUGUGAGGGUGCAGUAGCUAUAGCUGAAUACCUUGCUGAAAGUAAACAAAUCACGAGAGUUGACUUGCGUGACAACAAGAUUCAAGUAGCUGGUCUCAUGGCUCUUUCACUGUCCUUGAAACACAAUGAAAGUGUUACCCGUGUGGAUCUGGACUACAUAGCUAAACAGAACCAAUAUGAUGAUAUUCAUGACCACAACAAACUCUUAAAGGACAUAUCUCAGUAUUGUAAGAGAAACAAAGAACAGAAAGAGCUUGAAGCAUGGAAUGCUGUCAAGCCUAAGCCUAACUUACCAGACAGCCUGCUAAUGAAGACUUCUCAACUGACCUCGAGUCUGUGCCCAGCAAAUGUUUUUGAUGAUAAUAGUGAUGCUCAGUGUUCUUCCACGAUCUUCAUCCAGCAGUGUGACAAUGCUAAAGAAAUGACUAAAGAGGCUAAUAGUGCUAAGGAAACUACUAGUAAUGAGCCAGAUUUGUUGAGAGAAGGGUUUUUGCAAAGUUGUCCCAUUCCUGUAUCUGGUAAAAGUAGAUUUCGAGUCAGUCAAGUGUUUCUUGAAAAAGAAGGGGAAAAGACACCACUGACUAAAUCAGGUUUUUCAGCUUCUGUUGUAGGUUCUCCAUUAGCAGUGCAAACAGCCAUUAGAGAUCCUGGCAUCUCCAACAUGGAGGACUUGCACUCAGUUGAUAGUCUUCCUCCAUCUUUACUAUCAUCCUUUGUAGAAGAUUCUGAAGAUCAUCAUACAUCAAAACAGGUUGCCUCUCCAGAUAUUGCUCAAAGUCAAACCAGGUUAGAUCAAAAGUCUUCUGAACAAUCAGCUUGUUCCCAAAGCUCUGGAAGAGUGUUUAUUUCAAGUUUUAAAGAAAAAGAAAUCAGUGAAACUGAUGUUUCAAAAUGUUGUUCAAUGCAGUCUUGUCAAGUUUCCAGUCCACAUUUAUCACAAUUACCCGACUCUUCUUCAGUACAAAGUGCUUCUGGAAAUGCUCAGUUAUCAAUGACCACCAAUACUAUACAAACUACUUUUCCUUCAACAACAUUUUACAAAGCAGUGGUGGUAGAUGGUGCAAAAGUGUCUACCAGUGGGAAAGCUUUAGCUGUGCUUCCAAAUCAGGUGGACAUCUCAAAUAAUGAAAGAACUGUGAAAAUAUUCCAAGAAUGUAGUUCGUCUGUUCUGAAAGGCCUUAAUAGUGAGAGAAAUAAUUUUAUAGAACUAGACGUAUUGGGUAAAAAAACAAAGAAUCAGAACUUUCCCGAUUCAGCGAAUAACCAACAAUACUUACGGAUGAUACACCGCAGAGUCAGUACUCCUGUAGUUUCUCUAACUCCACCAUCCACAUCUAAGCCUAUAGCCUUGAACCUAAGUGUCUGUAAACAUCUGGAAGGUCUGGAUCUACGUAGCUCAGUUCCUCUGUCUCCCACACGACUCCUGGAGGGAAUAUCAUUCCCAGAUCCACCACUGACAAUGAAAUAGAAGACUUAAUUAAUUAUGUCAGAAGAUCAAGGACUUUAAGCUGGUUAUAUAUGUAAUGUACCUCAAGAGUUCACAGUUGUGACCUAUUAAACCCUUUCCUUACAAAUAUUAGUUGUUCAAGAUAUUGUACAGUAUUAAUGUUGUUGUAAGAUAUUAAUUGUUGACAUAUUAUACAAUGGAAGUUUUGAUUAUAUGGUUAUAUAAGUUGUGUUUGAAAAUGGUGUGUUUAAAUGUGAGGCUUAAAAACUGGUGAUUUGAUUUAGUAAUAUGCUGAAAGCUAAAAACAGAAUGUAUAGUACUCUUCUGAUGAAGAAUAAUUUUCUCGCACAAUUUCCACAUAGGUUGUAUGAAAAUGUUUAGAUGAGAGGGUCAUAUCAAACAUCUUUAUGGAUAUAUAUAUAUAUAUAUGUGUGUGUGUGUGUGUGUGUGUAUGUAUGUGUGAACUUACCAAAGAGUUGUAAUUUCUCCUUUCGUAAAAAUUUGCCAAUAUAAAAAUUAAUUUUUCUUUUACUGAAAGAGAGUUUAAACAAAGUAUAGUAAUGUUUUCAAACUUUUGUAUUGUUUUUGAUUUACAAAAUUUAGGCUCAAUACAAAGGUUUGUAAAAAGAAAUAUUUUAAAAUCUGGAUUGAAAUAUAACACUUUUUUAGGUGUACAAGUAACUUUUACAUCAUAUUCAUAUUUCCAGACUCUCAUGCUAAAAUUACUGAGUAAUGAAUUUGUUAUAUAAAAGGAAAAAACAAUUAUGGGCAUAUAAUGCUUAAGUAGAAAAGCUACCUGGUAGUAGGUUUUUGUGUAUGUAUCCUAGGAUAUUAGGUAGUGCAGAGAUUAUAAAUAAUCGUUUUUUACAAUGACUGUCGAUUGUGAAAUAUGAGAACAAUAUCACUUAGAAUAAAUAGUUGAACCUUCAUAUUUUAUUUUAAUACUUAGUCUAAAAAUAAAAAU